AUGGAAAACAAAGGAUUCAGCGACGGCGAAAGUGAAAAAAGAGAAAGCCUGGCUUCUCGACCGAGCAAAGAAAUCGGACAGCUUUCGAGAACAACAAUUUUUCUCGAAGCUCAUCGUGACUCGAAGACAUCUGCUGCUUCAAAUGAUUCAAAAGUCAUCUCGAUUGUCAGGAGCAUCAAAUCUUCGCAUACCGUUGCUUCGGGAAAACCAAGGCUUGUUCUGGACACGCAGUUGUACUUUUGCUUGAUGUUUUUGGGAGCUUUGAGUCUGCUCCCUUUUCAGUUUAUGGCAGUUCCAGAAGUCUACUGGCAGCGAAUGCUUUACGAAGGCGAGAACAUAACCGAAUUCCGAGCUACGCCCUUUGAUUUGACUCUCAAUCCAAAGCAACACUACUGGCAAAACUGUUUGGUCUUUUUAGUCGGCCUUUCACUCACAGCUUCAUCUUUUCUCGGCCUCGCACUUGGGACCAAGUUCAAGUUUGCCCGACUAAUGACCUACACGAGCCACCUUGGAAUUAUGGCUCCUAUGUUUCUUUUAGCUUCGUUAACUUGGCUCCACUUUCCAUCAUCCGCCUUUUUCGUCAUUGCCCUCGUUGUUGUCCUCGUUAUGUCCCUCGCCGGCGGGUUACUCCAACUUCUUGCGAUCGAGCUUUGUUCUUACCUCCCACCGGGUUAUCCGACUGGAUUGAUGAAUGGAAUGGCGCUUUCUGGAAUCACAGCGGCCAUCGUCAACAUCAUAACUGUUUGUGCCUGUCCAUCGGCGGAAUCUGCUACUUUUGCGAUGUUUAUUGUUGGUGGCACCCUGCCGAUUUUAUUCAAGAAACAAUCGACGGAGAGGAUCUUUGCCGCUCUCGAUUUGUACAAGAAAGUAAAUAAGAAGAUCGACUCGUACAGAGGAAUUCGUUCGAUGCUUUCUGGAGAAACAAAAGAACUUUUUGAAGAGUUCGAAGAGCUCGAAGCAGAAAUCUACAAUCUCAAAAACGUUCAGGAUUCGACAUUUGUUCUUGGUGGAUAUGCAGGGCUAUAUCUUGCCAUGAAUAUGCGCAAUAAGCCAACGGAAUACUCUCGCGAAGAAGUUGAUGAGCGACUUUUCGAAGAGCUGCUUAAUCUGGACAUAGCCAGAGGAACUCCAGUCAGCCACUUCUUCGUUGUCGCCGCUUUGACAGUUCAUCUCGAUCUUCUAACAAGUCCACUUUGGAAUAAAUACGACAUUGACUGGAGCUAUUGCAUUGGGCAGCACAAUGUUUUUAAUGCUCACCACGAGUUCAUACGUUUCGUUUUGAUGAGAAACCCGUACUCAAAGGAAGACAGUUAUUACGUGGUUCACAAGAUGGACGAUACGUUCUGCCACCUGAUGGACCGCAUGCUCAAAUGUAUUUCUCAAACAGAAGCCUGCGAGGUUGUUUCAAGACCAAAUUACAUGGGAAUCACCUACGUUUUCUUUGCAUCAAGACUGUGCUACCGCGCUACAAGAAUGCUCCUCGACCGUUUUCCCGAUCUUCAGUUUAAUCAAAACUGUUUCUUUGGAAACACCGUUGGGCUCAUUUUUACCCCUCUGAUCGGCCGUAUUCUAGAGCGAGGAAUGAAUCCUUUUAUCAAGCCAAGAUACAGUUGCGUAGUGCCGAAUUUCAACUUCGAAAUGAAAAGACUGAUGUUUCAAAAAUACCCCGAACUGACUUGGAAAAAAUCGACUGAAGAAAACUACUUUUGCUGA